AUGAAGGGUUUGAAGACCGUCACAAUAGCGUAUGUACUCACCCUUUUAUUACUGGCAACAUUUAUCUCCCAGUCAUGGAGCACGCCAAAGGGCUCAUUCCAGCGAAGAAACUGGACCCCGCAGGCUAUGCUGUACCUCAAGGGCACCCAGGGAAGAAGGUUCAUCUCAGAGGACCGAAAAGAAGGAGAUGUCUACGACACUCUUCACCUAGAGACUCGUAGUCAGAACACAGAGAAGCUGACUGUGGACCAGGCUGCUACUGUUCUGCUUAAUUUCCUACAGCAGGCUAGAGAGGGAGCUGAUGAAAACGCAGAUGAGGUGUAUAUCCAGGAGCUACCAGUGUGGAAGAGAGAAUAUUUCUAA